UGGGCGGUGUUGGCGGUGCAGCCAUGCGGACCCGGCGCGGCACGGUGCUGCGGCCGCGGGCCGAGCCCGCCGAGCCCCCCGAGCCCGAUGACCCCGCCGUGCCCGACGGCCGCGCCGGCCCCGAGGAGCUGGCGGACGAUGUGGAGCGCUUCCACGAGCAGCAGUUCCGCGCCGUGAUGGCAGCCCUGGACAGCGGAGACGAGGCGGGUGAGAGCGAGGAAGAGGAGGAGGAGGAGGUGCUGGGUCUGCAGCUGCCCGAGGACAGCGAGGAGGAGGAGGAAGAUGACGAGAUACAGGACCGGAAUCCCUUUGUGGAGUACAGCGCAGAGGAGGAUGAGGAUGGAGAAGAGGAGGAAGGUGAGGAAGAUGAAAAUGAUUUUGAGGAUGGAGAAGAGGAAGAAGGUGAGAAAGAUGAGAAUGAUGUUGAGGAUGAAGAGGGGGACAUGUCCAUGGAAAGCGACUUGGAGGAGCGCCAUCCAGAAGCCAAGCUGCCCCACGAGCUCUCCUGGGGCCAGCGCAAGCAGCUCUACUAUGACACGGACUAUGGGAGUGAUGCCCAGGCCAAGGGCAAGCGCAGCCAGCAAGAAAUCGAUGCUGAGGAGGAGGAAGAGGAGCAGGAGGCUCAAGUCAUCCAGAGACGGUUGGUGAAGGAUUUGGGGGAGGACGAUUAUGGUCUGGAUAUGAUCCAGGGCUACGUGGCUGAGCAGCAGAAAACCCACGACAGCAAGGGGCAGAAAAUUGAUAAGGAUCUGCAGGCCCUUUCCAAGAAGGAGCAGCUGAAGCUGCUGAAGCAGGAGUCCCCAGAGCUCCUGCAGCUGAUGGAGGACUUUGAGGUGAAGCUCAUGGAGAUCAAGGAUGAGUUGCACCCGCUGCUGCAAAUGGUCAGAGAUGGCACUAUCCCCGAGGGGAAGGGCAGCCGAUAUUUGCAGACCAAGUAUCAUCUGUACCUGAACUACUGUGCCAAUAUCAGUUUCUAUCUGGUUUUGAAGUCCAAGAGGAUGCCAGUCCACAGUCACCCUGUCAUUGAAAGGCUGGUGGCCUACAGAAACAUCAUCAAUGACCUCGCCGUUAUAGACCAGAGGCUUUCCCCACAGGUCCGCAUGCUUCUCAGGAACUACUACGACAAGAAGGAGGAGAAGCUGCGGAAGAAAAACAAGUUCUCAGUGUUUGACGCCAUGGAUGGCAAGAAAAACAAGCCCAAACGUGCCUCUGUGCCUGUUAAUGGCCACGCUGCUGCUGCUGCUGAAUCGUCGGAUGAGUCGGAGCUGGAUGAGGAGGCUGCCCUGAAGUACUACAAGAUGAUGGAGGAGAAGCUGGCGCUCAAGAGGAAGAGGACUGGAGACAAAGAUGUGCCUGAAGAAGCGGCGGUGUCAGAAGAAGAGGAUCCCAGUAAAAAGAGAGGGGUGACCUAUCAGAUGAUCAAGAACAAAGGCCUCACGCCCAAAAGGAGGAAGAUCGAUCGCAACCCCCGGGUCAAGCAUCGGGAGAAAUUCCGGAGAGCCAAGAUCCGCCGCAAGGGCCAGGUGCGCGAGGUGCGGCGGGAGCUGCACAGAUACGCCGGGGAGCUGUCCGGCAUCCGGGCCGGGGUUAAGAAAAGCAGGAAGCUCAAGUGACAGUUCUCGUUUUGUAGGAGCUGCGAGCAGCAGUGCUGAAUCCAAUAAAAGUUUUAUACGCA